GAUUGCUUGUUGAACGCCUUCGGUCUUGUAGAAUUUUGCAUUCUGUGUAGCUUUGGGAGAGACAGAUUUGCCUUGAACACUAAGGUUUGUUAUGACAAAGUUAACUAUUGAUUACGGAUUGAUCUUACUGGGAACGCGUUACUUUACAGCUUCAUAGUUCAUGAGCAAAUCAAAGUAGAAACCCUUUGCACUUGUACUUCCGCUUUACGGUUUUUCCGAUUUCUCUAUAAAAUCACAUUAUUUUCUCAAUGGCCGAAAUGGCAUCACUCAUGUUCCAGAUCGCAUAGUUUUUUGUUCUGAAUUGCAUCAUGUCUUCUCAAAAUCGCACCAUUCUUUAUCAAAGUGUCCACAUAAAAACGCCUACAUAUUAAAAGCAAAUUAAGAAAUUUGAUCAUACAAAUCAAUGGGUUCUUUCGUGCUGGUGUAAAGGUGUCUGGCAGUCUGAUUUUCUCCUCUUUUGAGUAGUUUAUGUGGUAGUUAUGCAUGGUUCAAUUUCACAUGUUACUCUCCCCACCUGGCAAACUCUGGAACAGGUUGUCAGUGUGCCUCUUCUCAUUUGCCUUGUGUGUGCAUGUGCUAUAUUUUGUUGGAAUACAGUAAAAUAUAAAUCAAUGUUCUUAUGCAUAUGUUGUACCUGAGACAACUUUGUGAGGUCCAUUAGGAGCCUGGCGUUGGGAAAUAGACUGCCGACCUAGAAAACAAGUCAAAUUCCUGUAGGUAUACCCAAGGGGCAUAAAUUAUAACAGAUUAAUAUUGUACCAUGCAUUAGGGAUUAGGAUUAGUCAAGAAUUGGACGUUUGUUUUAGGUAAUUAAUAGUAUUGAACUCGAGAAAAUUUCUAAAAUCAUAUCCAUCUGCUGGACACUAGAGCUGACCCUGGUUACUACAAGCAUUGGCCUUUCAUAAGAAGCAAAUAUAAAAUAGAACCAAAAGAAAGAUGUUCAAUUCUCCACUGACUAGAUGCAUUUACCCUGGCAAUUUGAAAUCUUAGUGACAGCUCUGGGACACAUAAUCACAAGGUUAAUCUGUUUCACAUACAGAAUGAGAUUUACAACCAUUUCUGGUCUCACUAUUUAACAAACAAACCACUAGAUCAAUAAAAUAUUGUUACUGACUAAAACCGUGCAUUGGGUAAUUUCAAAAUGGAUAUAAUAAAUUGGUUAAGCAGUUAUAAAACUUUGUAACAUAAAAUGUUUAUUGUGGUCUUAUAAAAUUUUAUUUAUAUACCUGUCAUUUCAAAUCCAACUCAAGCUGUGCACUAGUUAAAUUUUGAUAUUUGCACAUGAUAAAUCCAGCCAAACACGAGGAAACAGAGCCAUUUAUUUAUUCAUUUAUUUUGAAAUUACUUGUAUGAUUUCAGACCAAACUACACUUGACUCCGUUCUUUGUGCACUGUGGUAAACAAGCUGUGGAAAUCAAAAAGCUAAAAUGUGAGCUGUGCAAUAUCACUCCAGAAUCUUGCAGGUAAGCAGUCUUGUGGUGCAGCUGUUCUCAGUGUUGUUAUGCAGGUGUGUUUAAAACACCAAAUAGCAAAAUGGUGAAAUGACUAAAAUUAUAUAAAAAUAAUACAUAUUUUCCUUUUUACCGGUUUUCCAGAGUUUCUGGGGUUGUCAUGCACAUUCCCGACCAGCCAUAAGAUUUGAAGGCUCUGUUGACGAGAUUGUUGUCAUGCAGAGCUUGUGUGAUGUGCGUGCGCAAGCUCAUCACAUGUUCCCGAAAAUAGCUCUUCCUUGGGGAAGUCAACUGAGAUGGCGGAGCGUAUUACAAAGUGAAGCUGCCAUCAAUUUUUACAAAUAUGAGGAUGAAGAAGUAAUAAGUCCAAAGUCCAAAAAAAUGUUGCUAAUAGUUCCACAAAUGAACAGAGUAUUAUAAUUUCGUGCAAGUCUAUCCUUAUUAUAAACAGGGUACUAUUACCUGCAUGAUUGAUACGAUUUGCUAGAUGAAAUUUGUUUGCACUCCAAGUACACAAAAGCAAUAACUAUAACGUGAAAUUUGCUCUAUUGCAAUUGCCAAUAAAUGGCUUUAAAACAAGAUGGCAUGCAUUUUGUUCUUUGUCCUAAACAAUUCAAGGCUGUGCUCUACUUAAGGAAAAUUGAGGGGAGCCCAGUGCUCUGAAACUGUAAAGUCUAGGGUACCCAGCAUAUGAUUUGUAUGAAAAAUCUGAGAUUUUCUAGUCGCCCGAGGGCAAAAGUUAAACACCAGAGGCCACCGGGCUCUGCUAGACAGGGCGUGACUUGUAUUAAAGGAUUUUUUGGCAGGGGUUGGGGAGGCAGAAACUGACACCAUUUUGAAAACCGAGAAGCCCCUGGGAAGAGGCGAGACCCUUGGAAUGAUAAAGAUAGGUCACGAACAGAAAGUGACAAAUGUUAUGGCACAACAAGAUUUGUGAGUUUUUACAUGCUGAGCAGAGUUUUGCCGGUUCUUAGAAUGUAAAGAAAUAGCGACUGGGCACAACAACAACAACAAAAAAACAGGGAGUCAUUUGUUUUUAGUGUUUAGAAAAGUCAUUUCACUGUUUCGCUCCUUUGUGAUCUCACCAUUUUGUCAUUUUGCCAUUUCUUGUUUUAAACACGCACUUGUCAUGCAAUGAUUCCCCCUCCCCCGGGCCACAGACAGCUUGCUGUAAAACAAAAGCAAAAGAACAAUAACAAUAGACUCUAAGAGAACAAUGUGCAAAUAUACAAAAUGAAAACUUGGUGAUCAUGAUAUGAAAUGCUGGUACUAAUAUUUAUUAUUGUUCGUUCAGCAUAAUAUUUUGCUGUUUCUCAUGAUUGGCUUAAAUACCACUGCUUAAAUUCUUUGCUUUACAAUAUGCAGUAUAUUUCUCUAAUAUGUGAGUGCAACAUGACGUUUCCAGGCAGCAGUGUUGACAGCAUGACUGCCUUGGACUGAGACAAAAAAAGUGACAAGUGUUGAUGACUUUGUUUUGUAUAUUUUUAGAGUUAUCUCCACUAUGCCAACUGGACCAUUACUUGUAAAGUUUGGCGGUAUGUCAAAAGUGAGUGAAAUUUCAUUUAUUUUUAAUAAUGAUGAUGAGUUGCAAGUUGGUAGCUGUGCUCUUUACAGCAAUUUGUGAUAUAUCUAUAGAAUCUGAUAAUCUUGUCCUCAUAAUUAUCUGGAAAACAUGGCUCUCAGGCUGUUUUCUGUCAAAGCGACAGUCCAUUUUUCUUUUAGACUGUUCACAGUCCCCUAUUUUUUCGUGGUGAGAUAGUUCAGAUAUACUGCGUCGUACCGUCACGGGUAUCUUGAUAACGAAUUCGUUGUGUUUUGUGGGAACUAAUUUUUGCCAUUAGGACAGAUUGGUUUCUCUUGCUGGAAAUUAAUUUUUGCGAUUUUCAGAAAAUACCCCAUACCCAGCAUUGAUAAUAUCUUUGUCUUUAUUGAGUACCUGCAAUAGAAAAACAUAUUUUGAAGCAAUAAACCAGUAUUUCGUUGUUUCUGAAUGAAAGAGACAAGUUGUGAUUGAACAGACAUGAUUUGUUAGUCCUGUAUUCUUGUGAAGUGAAUUUAAGUUAGAGAAUAUUGACUCUGGAGUUAAUUUUUUGUGGGAAAAAUGUUUGCAGGAACUUAUUUGCGCAGAUCGCUGGAGAAACCGCAAAAAUUAGAACCCUCAAAAAUCUUCUGCAACACAGUAUGUUAAUUUGGGACCCAGACUCUUGGUUAUUGUUAUGCUUUACCCUUGUAUAAACCUGUACCAUAAUGACCUGAUAGACACCUGGAGUGUCCUUUUAAUUUUAGGGAUCUAAGCGGGGGUGUUUAAUAGAUACAAUGUAGGAGGCAUAUAAAUGAGAGAGGCAUCUAUUCUCAUAACUGGAACAAGUUCAACAAAACUAAUAUGCUUUGAGCGAAAAUAUAAUAGGGUUUAAAAUAGUGGAAUAUCUGUAACUGGUCAAAAUUAAAGUCCAGUUAAAAUUUCUUAAGCUAGGUUGAUUGUCAGUUUCCUGUGUCUCCUAGCCCUGAUUAUUUGUAAAUUAGGGCUAAGAGACAAUGUGAAUUGAGAAUCAACCUAGAUUUAAAAAGUUUAACCAGAAUUUACUUUUGACCUGUAACAUAACUACUCCAUCAAUUGAUCAACUAAGCCCUCUAGAGAUUCAUAUCACUCUUUCAAACCCCAACAUCGAUGUCAGAAUCCUCGCUCAGGAUUAUUUUGUUUCCAUGGUUAGUCUGUCCUUACUUUGAACCUGACAUUGAGCAAGAUGAAAUGUGUAAAGCCUUGUUAAUCAAGCAACAAUCUUGGACAAAACUGUUGAGAAAAUUGCGCACUUGGGGGGCAUUUUUUCUAAACUUCGUAGCCGACCGAUUCUUCCCUCCCCCCUUCCCCCUGGAAGCAGUGUUGUUGGGUCUUCAAAAGAAAGCCGGAUCCCUAAGCAUUUGUAGGAAGCAACUUUGAACUGGGGGAGGGGGUUUUGUUUACGCAAAGUCUUUGAUUUGGAAAUAGUUUUGUUGCGUUAGGUAGUGCACAUUAAUGAAAACAUUUUCUCAAGUAGUUUUGUCCAGGAUUGAAGAAACUGAAUGAAUUGAAUGAUUUUGCUCCUUUUCGCUAAUUCUCAGUAUUUUGGAGUAAUUCUCAUUGGUGGCGUCUAUUAGGAAGGGGGCAUUUAUUAGAGAGGGGCGUCUAAUACAAUUCUAACAACUUAGAGGGUGCAUCUGUUAGAUAAGAGACGUUCAUUUGGGAUUUGGUUUCUAUUAGGUCAUUUAGGGUAAACUAUCACUUUUUUUACCAAGCAUGUGUGUAUACUGUGUUAACAAUAAUUUUAUUUCCUUUCACCUAGAAAUUUAUUUGAAUGCUAAACGUAGCUCUGUACCUUUUCUCUUCACUGCACUUGUGUAAUCUUGAAUAAGGCUUUAUUGGCACUGUGUUUUUGCUGCAUUCAUCAGAUACACGGUUCAGUAAGUUGCAGAACAAACACUUUUAAGUUUUUUUUCUUAACUUCAGAUAUGGACUUGUUGGUGAAGUGGUAUUUACAGUGAACAAUUUUUUAUUUACCUACAGCUAUACAAAAAUGACAACUAGAAGAUGAAGAUUUUGAAUCUAAGAACUGAAUCAGUUGGUUGAAUAGCUCAUUUGAAUGAACAAGCACCUUGGAUUAGGAUGGCAGCUGCAGCACCGUCACCCCUUGCCAGCUCUGAAGAGAAGACAAAUGGAUGCAAGCUAAGCAGGCUUCUUAUCGAUGGUGGAACAACAGUUCUAAGAAAUGUUUUCAAUUAUCAUCAUCCUCCAGCCAACUUGGCUGCUGAUCUCCGUGCCAAUUAUUUAAUCCUGGACAACCUCUUCCGGCGAAGAGUUCUAAAGGGUCAUCAGUGGGACAAACUCUUCCCGCCUGGGGGAACCGCACCAGACUCCAACACGUUCGACAUCACUCUUUUAUUCCUUCUUUUGACCAACAUUUGUGGACUGGCUCCUCCCGGCACAGGAUGGCACACUAAACCAGCCCCUAGUGACAACUCUCACGAGGCGAAUCUUGCUCGUGUCAAGUAUUUCCGUAACGAGUUGUAUGGUCAUGUGACCAGUACUGGUGUUGAUGCUCAUUCCUUCUCUGUUCUGUGGCGGGAAAUCAGUGCUGUUCUUGUAGCUCUUGGGUUACAGCAAUCAGAAGUUGACCGACUGAAGGCAGAGCGAGGCGGAGAGGAAAAUUAUCUUGACGCGUUACGUGAGUGGGCUGACUGUGAAAUUGACAUCAAAACACAACUGAAGGAAAACACGUUUAAGUUGGAAGAAGUACACCAAGUUGUUACAGAAAUACGUCAAGCUCAACUCAACACGGACCAGGAGGAAGAAAUCCUACAAAAACUUGCAAAGGUUGACACGGAAAACAUUAUUAGACACCAUUCAGAAAGAUAUUUAGAGGGAACCCGGAAGUCUAUCGUCACCAAAGUCAAUGAUUGGUUGAAAGACGGCAGCUCUCCUAAUCGUGUGAUGGUGAUAGUUGGAAAUGCAGGCAUGGGGAAGUCUGUUAUUGCAGCCGAGUUGAGCAAAAGGAUGUUCCAAGAGGGUAAAUUGUCUGGAAGCCAUUUUUGCCAACAUGACAAGGUGCGCCACAGGAACCCCAAGGUGAUGCUACAGUCUUUAGCCUAUCAGCUGUCACAUUCUCUGCCAGACUACAGGAAAGCUCUUGUAAAACAACUCUCUAGAAACUUGGGUGUGGAGAUCAAUGACAUGGAAGUGGGGGAUCUGUUUGAGUUGCUAUUCGAAGAACCACUGAGCAGACUAACCGACCCCAAUUCUACCUGUCUUGUGAUAAUUGAUGCUUUAGAUGAAAGUGAGUACCAAGGACGCAAUGAGUUACUUGAUGUGAUUGCCAGAUGCUUCAACAAACUCCCGCUUUGGAUUCGAUUCCUGGUGACAACACGACCAGAAAUUAAUAUUUGCGACAGCUUAAAAGGUCUGCAACCCCUGCUGCUUGAACCCAGUGAUGAAGAAAACUUGAAAGACAUUCGCUUUUUGUUUGAAAAACGGUUAAGCUGUAAGUUACAAAGUGAGAAUCAUGAGGUUAUCUUUCAGGAGCUUGCCCAGAAGUCAGAAGGAUUGAUUUUAUGGGCCCAGCUUCUAACAGAUUUCAUUAUUGAGAAUAAUUUGUCAUUUCGUACCUUGGAGGAGCUCAACAGCACCGUACCCUUGGGUAUUUCAUCCGUUUAUGAGCGUUACUUCACACGUUUGGAGAGUGCACUUAAAAGAGAACUGAAGUCUACCGAAGAGCAGUUUCUGAAUUUCCUUUGUGCGAUUGUAGCCGCAAGGGAACCGCUGCCGCUUGGGUUUGUUUCUAAGCUGUUACUACAAGGUGAAAGUUCGUCAAGUUUUCAACGAAAAGUGAGCAAUGCUGUUGCCUGUAUAUCGUCGCUUUUACCGGUUCAAGACGGCUGUGUACAUUUCUUUCACAAGUCACUCAAGGACUGGCUGUCUGACAAGACUCGCUUUUCGCAACACAAACAUAUUGUGAACGAAAACGAAGGUCACCGCAUUCUGUCCGGUCUUUGUAUUGGCGAAUUGGACGAGGUAAAAAGAAAAGGUGUCCAACAUUCAGAGCAGUUCAGUGACACCACAAAGUACGCACUGCAACAUGGCGUUAAACAUAUUCUAGAGUUGGAUGAAGAUACAAGACCAUGCAGCCUUGAAGAUAUUGUAAAUUACUAUGUUCUCGACUUGGAAAUUGUGUAUGCAAAGCUGCUGGUUAAUAUCACAGUUGCCUCAGAAGAUAUUGUAAGCAUCAUGAAGUUUUGUGUGGAAAAGCAACACUGUGUUGCUGAGUCGUUGAAAUUUCUAUUAAAUACGCACAGUAGAGAACUGAAAGAACUUCCUCAUGUGAUCUUUCAAACUGUAUUGAAUGAAGGAGGACCGGACCUGUUCUCUGAGGCAUCCAACCUUUUGAAGACAAAGUAUUCUAACAUAUCAUACCUGGAGCACUUGAACAAGAACGAUUUGCAACGAACUGUACAAACUGUAUUUUGUUGUUCAUCGGAAGUGGCUUGUUUUGAUGUAUCACGACAGUCAGACUACAUGGUUUGCGAGUGUCGUGACGGAACAAUUUUGUUGUGGUCACUUCAUACAGGCAACCUAUUAUGGAAACGUCCCGUAAUUAACGAGAAACGUGUUUGGUUUGAGGAAACUGCUUUCAAAACGCUCCAGGACUUUUUUGGCCAAUCAGUUUCUUGUUUCAACUCAGUUAUCUUUCACCCUUCUAAAGAUUUCAUCUUGCCCGGAGUCUUAAGCCAUGCAUAUACUUUUAACGGAGAACUGACACAACUUUUUCCUGAAAGCCACUGUAGGUUUUCUGUUUGUGCACCUUCUGGUGACACGAUUUUCACUGACUGUCCCACCGAUGCAAAGUGUCUUAUUCUGUGGAGUCUGUUGAAUGGCAGAGAGAUAACUCGUACCGUCAGAGAUAAAGAUGUGCUAACUUUUGCGUUGUCUCGAGAUGGGAUGCUGCUAGCAGUCUCACAUCGAAUUGGAGGCAUUUGUUUGCUUGAUGUGACGAAUGGUUUUAGAACUCUAACAGAAGUGGAAGGAACAAUUGAAAUUGGAAUGAUGAAGUUCUCGCCAGAUCGUCGCCACCUUUAUUGUUGGCAUUUUUACAAGACUUGUUUAGAUUCUUUUUAUUUAGCUCAAUCUCGUCUUUGUUACACAGUGAAUAAUGAAGAUAAUGAUAAUGUUUCACUUGACUUUAAGCCUGCCACAUUUGCUUUCCAAGACUCACCCCCUAUUUUGUUAGGCGAUUCGGCGCUGACUUCUUCAGUGACAAAAUCUCUUGACGUCUCUAAGAUCCUCUGUAAUUCAUGGUUUUUGUUUGUGCUCAGCAAACAAUAUGUCUUAGAGAGUCAUCCUAAUAGGGAUAUUAUCAAGGCGCUUUCCCUGGAAAAAGUCGCAGUAAACAGAUAUUCCGUCGGAGACUCUUUUGUGUUGAAAAUUGUAUUUUCGAUUAAUGGUGAGACUAUAUAUGUUAUGACACAUGAGGAGGAACAUGCACGAAUUACAGCGUGGGAUUCCUCUAGUGGAGAACUCAAGGCAGAGAAAAAAAAUGUCAGUUUCAGUGAUAUUGAGGAUAGUGUUUGUUCUCACCUUGUAGCCUUGAGAGAAGGAGUUCUUUUCACAACGAGCAAAAGGACUGCUGAACUGUGGAAUCCGGAUUUAACUGAGCGCAUCAGAUAUUGCGUGUACCCUGAAAAUAUCACAGGAAUCUUCCCUAUUUCAGACGAACGCGUUGUUUUUAAUUUACUUGGGAUGAAUGCGAUCAUUUUUGACACAUCUAAAACUGACCAAGUAUCAAUACCCCUUUUUGGUAUGCAACUUCUGGCGUGUAACAGUAAAUCCCAGGUGGUCACCUUUUCAGGAGAUCAUAUUCAGAUGUGGAAUGGUGACACCUUAUUUUGGAAACGUGAGUGGCCAAGAACUAUUCUUGGACCAGCUAUAGUGCGGUUUUCACCCAGUGAAGAGUUUCUUGUAGUUUGGGCAGGUCUUGAUUCCGAAGAGGUCUACGUUCAUGAUCCAACCUCAGGGAAAUUGUUGCGUAUUUUCGAAACAGCCGGAGAUGUCUGUGAGUGUACAUUUGUUGGCGACGCGGACUGUGUCAUUCUUACUUUUCUUCCCCUUGGUGAUGCUUGGUGCCUUCGACUGUUCAACAUCCGAUCUGGGGAUCUCCUUUCUUUAAUUGACUUAGAGACU